ACAGAGUGCGCAUCCCGUCAGUCAUAAUAACGAUAUAACAAGUGAGAAAACUAGGAGAAGUGAACGAAAACCAAAGUGAUCACGCAAAAAUGUCGCUGUUGCCAUAUUUUUACGAUUUGGAAAGACCUUUCCGUUUCAUGGAGAGGGAAUUCUUCAGACCAGAUGAGUUUUUCGGAUAUUCACCAUUUUCUUUGGCGCGAAACUUCAGCGAGCCACAAUAUUUGAGAGGCUGGGACAAUGCCUUCAGACCACUGGGGAGACUCAUGCGACCUAUAGAACAGAUAUCUGCGGCUAUGAACCAUCUCGCACUCAACGAUGUCAGCACAAACAUCACUGCUGAUGACGAGAAGUUCCAAGUGAAUGUGGAUGUGCAGCAUUUUUCACCAGAAGAAAUAAACGUCAAAGUUCUCAACGGCCAAGUUGUCAUUGAAGGGAAACACGAAGAGAAGAGAGAUGACCACGGAUAUAUUUCAAGGCAAUUCGUGAGAAAGUACGUAUUACCACAAGGAUGCUUGCCGGAUACAGUGGAGUCUAAAUUAUCUUCUGAUGGUAUUUUGACAGUCACUGCGCCGAAAGUUUUAGCUUUACCGUCCACUGGGGAACGUAUAGUGCCAAUAACACAUACAGGACCUAUACAAAAACAGAUUGGAUCUCCAGAAAUAGUUGAAAAUGCAGAGCAGAAGUGAAAUGUGCAUUGUAAAUAGUAUUUUUUUAAAGACUGAUUAUUUUUGCUGAUUAUUAUCUGUGCUAUAAUGUGCUAUAAUUUACCGUCUAUGUAAUAAAUCCUGUUUUAAAAUGU